AUGAUGCGGGUCGGAAAAUACAUGCACCAAGCCAAGCACCUGGUCCAUAUUUUCAGCCUGCGUACGACCAUCUUGCUUCGUGGGUCAAUCAGACACCUUGCUGAGGACCCGAGACCCUUGCAUGAAGUACUGCACCGCUCGUUAGGGGUCUUGAGCGCGACCCCCCAUGUUCAACUCCGCGAGUUACGCGUCAUGGCUCGAAAAGGCGGCAUAAUAUUAGUGUAUAUAAUUCCUUACUGGUGUUUUGUGUCAGGCCUCGUAGGGGUAGAAAUACCAGACGAAUUAGAAAUUCAUCACAUCACUAGAUUCUAUCAGAGCUGCAUCAUGGUUUCCUUUUGGAAGAACUUUUAUCCUUCGCGCGAGCAGGUCCUCGCCGAUAUAGAGAGCGUCCUGGAAGCUAUUCUUACACUCUGCACUGCCAACUUGGACUCGCUAACCCAGGAGGAGCGAUCAUCUUUCAUGGAUGAAUACUCCAGUCUUGCAGAUGCCCGUGUUCAGUUGAACAAGGGCAAACCUAAUAGCACACUGACCAGGGCACUCGACGAGUGUGAGAAGUUGAAAUUGAGGAUAGAGUUUACAGAGAGCAUGCAGACCCCAUCAUCGGAAGUUUCCAUCCCAGCUCAAUCCAAUCUUGCAGUCUCUUCCGGUACUCCUGUAGUCCGCGAAACAACCUCGAGCACUUCCGCAGGGGGAAGUCUACAUGCACCGCCUACCGACACAGACUGCAUGAUAUUCGGCCCAGACUCGUCUGUUGGGUCACCCACAUUCAACAUUGACUCCCAGGAGGCAACUGGUGCAACUGUUAUAUUACCUGGCGACAGUCCAUCUCUCGGGCUCCCAGCACAGAGACUGCCGCCCGCAGGCGCUCGCCAGUCGCAGACAGCUCACACCGUGAAGCGUGAGCGCGUCAUGUAUUUCGCCCCUGGCACGGUAACGGGUAGCCCGACCUUCAACAUCCGGUCUCUGCGUGCUUCUGGCACCAUCGAACAAGUCGUUUCUCAACGCUCAGAAAUGUUGACUGAAUGA